AUGGCGGUGCAAGAAGCGCCGCCCGAGGCCCCUGAGGGCCCAAGGGAGCAAACCUCAGAUCCCGCUCCUCGGAAGAAGUUGACAGGAAGAGAAUUCUACCGAAGUAUUGGGAGCCCGAAAUAUAUUCUAGCUCCCAUGGUGGACAGGUCAGAAUUUGUACGACACUCCCUACCUAGUGAAAGCGUGAAGUGUCCAUACUUCCAGCCGACGCGCCGAACUGCAGACGGUGCUGGCGAGGAACCCUAUCUCGACGGCAAUCCCGCCCUAGACCGCCCUCUUUUCGUGCAGUUCUGCGCAAAUGACCCGGAGGAUUUCUUGGAAUCAGCUCGCCUUGUUGCUCCCUACUGCGACGCAGUUGAUCUCAAUCUUGGAUGCCCACAGGGAAUCGCGAAGAAAGGGCAUUACGGUGCGUUUCUGCAAGAAGACUGGGAUCUGAUCUACAAGUUGAUCAACACACUACAUAAGGAACUCCCGAUCCCGGUGACAGCCAAGUUUCGUAUCCUUGAAACGAAGGAGAAGACAUUGGAGUAUGCGAAAAUGAUAUUGUCUGCAGGCGCUAGCAUCAUCACUGUUCAUGGGCGUCGGAGAGAGCAGAAAGGUCACAAUACCGGCCUGGCAGAUUGGAGUUAUAUCAGAUAUCUCCGGGAUAACCUGCCUCCGGAGACUGUGAUCUUUGCGAAUGGCAACAUUCUCAACCAUGACGACAUCGAAAGAUGUCUGGAAGCCACGGGAGCGGAUGGUGUGAUGAGUGCCGAAGGGAACCUGUCAGAUCCCAGCAUCUUUAGUGAGCCGCCCCCUGUCGGUAGCGAAGGACGAGAAUACUGGCGAGGUCGAAAUGGAAAGGGCGGUUAUCGCAUGGAUGCGAUCUUUCGACGGUAUCUGGAUAUCAUUUACCGAUACGUUCUGGAACAGCCAGUCCCUGAAAGAAAGCCGUUGUUCCUUCCGUCAGACCCGGUGCAGAAAGACACCGCGACGAAGACAGACGACGGAAACGCAAAAGAGGGUGACGAGGUCGAAGAACCCCCAAAGAAGAAGCAGAAACGAAACAAGGAGAAGAAGAUAGUCAACCCCAACCUUGGCGCGAUGCAAGGCCAUCUGUUCCAGCUGCUCCGUCCCUUGGUCUCGAAACACACGGAUAUCCGGGACACUCUGGCGAAGGCACGAACAGGCGAUAUAGCCGAGUACGAGAGAAUCCUGCGCAUGGUCGAAAACGCCGUCAAGGCUGGCAUUCUGGAAUACGAGCAGUAUCCAGAACGAUUCGACAGCCCUGUAGUCGACAAGGGCGACGACAGUCUGUCAGGCACCAAGGCUACUGUGGCAGAGUACAGUCGGCCAUGGUGGGUCUGUCAGCCAUACAUCCGUCCUCUGCCCGAAGAAGCAGUCAAGCUGGGGGCGAUGACUAUGAAGAAAGACGAUAACAAGGUGACCAAUCCUGCUUCUGAUGUUGAAGUCAAGGAAGCAGUAGUCCCUCCUCCUGAACAGCCUACUCAAAAGGAAGCUGUGACGGUGCAAGCGUGA